AUGAAGCUCAUGAAAUUCUUCAAGCGGCGCAAGCAGCGCAACAAGAGCGAGGCCCCCGGCGCCGAUGCCUUUGGCAAGAAGUAUAGGCAAUUUGGGGGCAGCAUGCCCGCACAGCCUCGAUUUUACACUGAGGAUGACUACCUCCACCCGGGUCCAAUUCGCCCUUACUCGCCCAAUCGAGCUUCAGCCGCCAAACUCGCUGCGCUGCCCGCACCCGUCCUCGAGCGCAUCUUCGCCUUCGUCUGCCCCCAUACCCAGGACUGCUCCUAUGAGACGCAGGAGCAGAGCUCCCUUGAGGACGCCUGCAUGCUCUGUGACCUGCGUGACCUAUCGCAUUGCGUCAUGGUCAACCGCAGGUGGUCCAAAACGGCGGCCAAAGUCCUUUACCAUAGCAUCCGAAUCGAGACAGUGCACUACUGCGACCGCGAGGCCCUGCUGGCCGACAAGCGCAAGCGCAGGACCUUCCUGGACCGCAACGGCGAGCCUGAGGACACAUCCCAGAAGCGACUGAAGCUACUGUGCAGGACACUCCGCGAGGACCCCGCGCGGCUGGGUCCCCUCGUGGAAUACUUCAAGCUGCCUUACAUGCUGAGGGAGUCGUGCCAGGCCGAUAUUGCGCGCACGAUAGCAGUGCUGCCCAACCUGCUAUAUGUCGACCUUCCCGAGGGCUUGUAUCAAGACGAUUCUCACUACAUCACAUUACGAAUGGAGGUAGAGGCAAGAUGCCUCAAUCUCAGGAAGAUGACCUACAUGCAUGGGUCCGAGAGGAGUCUGGAGCGCGUUGCCAGUGGUCAGGUGUUCCGCAACCUGGAGGUUCUGGAGCUGAAGAACAUACAAAUGGAUGGUACCGUUAUCCUGCACGCUCUCGGCGUCCUAGGGGGCCUGCGUGCCCUCAAAAUCACCGGCUCGAAUGUGGUAAACGACGAGAUGAUCGCGCACGACAAUGAGAUGCUCCCGGCGUUCCCGGCUUUGGAGGAGCUCAUUCUGGACAAUGUGCCUGGAGUCACAUCACAAGGCUUGAGGAAUUACCUGACCCGUGGUGACGCAUCGCGUGCUCUAAAGGUCUUGAACCUUGCCGAGACGGGAGUCAAACCUUGGAACCUACAAGACGUCUUGGCGGUAGCCCCCAUGCUCAAGCGGCUCACGAUAAGCUACGAAGCCUCGACGUCCCUGCCUUUGGCUGCCGGCACGCCCCAGGUCCCACCCCUGGCCUCGAACUCCCUCGAGAUCUUCCACUACGAAGUGACAAGUGCUCCUUCGGCCAGCCCAUACUCCAACAUUCUUCCCUCCUUCUACAACUAUCUCUCCGGAUCCCUCCUCAUGGGCGGCCUGCCCAGCCUCCGUGCGCUCUACGUUCGGAACGCCAACUUUCCGAACACGCUCCUCGGCCUGCCCCCUCCAUUGCCCAGGUACGCGGCCGAUCCUUACAAGCGACUGAAUGGCGGCGGCAACUACAACCCCUUCCAGGAGCCACCCAAGAAGCCCUUCGCCAACGCAGGCCACAACCCACGAUUCAGCUCCAACAACCCCUUUGCAUCCCUGGCGGGCCCCAACGGGCCCAGUGGGCUCCCACAGACCCUCGAAGUCUUCACCAAAGGCGACGAUGAGUUGAACUGGGGAAUGGUCAAGGUGGACCCCACACAGAGGGGCGCAGAUGUCGAGGCCGCUGCACGUCCGUCCAGUAGCUAUGGAUUGGACAACAGCGAUAGCGGCUGGAACUCUCGGGCCGGGGCUCGCCGGUCCGUCUUCAUGGGCAACGGCACCGGUGGCUUCCUGGCUGUUCCCGGCCUGCCAGAAGGCAGCGGAGGCCCAAGAAGAGGCAGCGCGCCGAGCGUAGGCGGCGGCGAUGACUGGCCGCGGCCGAGCACUGCGACGAACGAGAAGCGCUCUUCGAGAAUCGACCUGUGGCGCUGA